CCCUCCAUCCAACUCUCUCUCCAUCCCUCCCUCCAUCUCUCUCUCUAUCCCUCCCUCCAUCUCUCUCUCCAUCCCUCCCUCCAUCUCUCUCUCCUUCACUCCCUCCAUCUCUCUCUCCAUCCAUCCCUCCCUCCCUCCAUCUCUCUCCAUCUCUCCCUCCCUCCAUCUCUCUCUCCAUCCCUCCAUCCGUCCCCCCUCCAUCUCUCUCUCCAUCCUUCCUUCCAUCUCUCUCUCCAUCCCUCCCUCCAUCUCUCUCUCCUUCCCUCCCUCCAUCUCUCUCUCCAUCCCUCCUCCAUCUCUCUCCAUCCCUCCCUCCUUCCCCCCUCCAUUCUCCAUCCAUCCCUCCAUCUCUCUCUCCAUCCCACCCUCCAUCCCUCCCUCCAUCUCUCUCUCCAUCCCUCCCUCCAUCUUUCUCUCCGUCCCUCCCUCCAUAUCUCUCUAUCCCUCCCUCCAUCUCUCUCUCCAUCCCUCCAUCUCUCUCUCCAUCCCACCCUCCUUCCCUCUCUCCAUCUCUCUCUCCAUCCCUCCCUCCAUCUUUCUCUCCGUCCCUCCCUCCAUCUCUCUCUCCAUCCCUCCCUCCAUCUCUCUCUCCAUCCCUCCCUCCAUCUCUCUCUACCUCCCUCCCUCCUU